AUGGAAUCCAGCCCUGCAGGUCCUCCCGGAAAGCGACGUCGAAUUGAGCGUGUCACAGCAGCAUGCGAUCUGUGCAAGCGGCGGAAGGUCAAGUGCGACGGCGACAAGCCGUGCGCUUAUUGCCGGCGGAAGCAUCACGCAGAGACGUGCACAUUCACCGCUCCGAAAAUACGUGGGCACGUCCGGUCCGUGGGAAGUACUCCGAUGAACAGUGCCGAACAACGAACUGGAGACCCGGCGCAACGGCCUUCACGGGACAGGGCCAACAGUGAGGGCACGUCACAUCGACCAAGAAGUCACGACGGCGUCGCUGAGAUCGGAGCUUCGCUCUCCCCACCCGUCAGCAGGGAUGACCACCAGGAGGAUACCGUCGUGCCCCUGGAAGGCCGCAUUCUACGCGACGCCCAGGGAAAAGUCAUCUUCAUUGGUGAUUGCGCUCCACUCUCAUUUCUGCAGACCGUAAGACAUCUUAUCGCAUCUGAAGUCGAUUCGGACGCAUUCCCUGCGCAGGCGUCUCGAGACUCAAUGAUCGAAGUUGCCCGCCCAGCAUCGGUGGACCGUCCGCAAUCUGUCUCGGUAGCACUCCAUCAAGUCCAGUCUCUUGGGCAGGCGUAUUUGGUAGCCACCAGUGGCCUUGUCGAUCUAUUCGAGCAUGAUGAACUGUUGAAGGAGAUGAAGAUGUGGGCUAGCGGUCUUGCAUUGCACUCGAACGAUGCCGCUUCUGCUGUUUUCUUUCUCGUGCUUGCCAUUGGCGCACAAGAAAGCCAUGAAUCCAAGGCCGAUGCGUGGUUCAGGCACGCAAGAGAUCUACUCCUGAAUCACAUGUGCAGCAGCAUGAAUGUGUCUACGGUACAAGGCUUUGCACUCGUUUCCGUCUUCAUGCUUCGAGCAUUUCAGCCAAAUGGCGCAUACUUGUACUUCUCCUUAGCUGCUCGAACUGCCUAUGCGAUAGGUAUCCAUCGAACGGAAGUGAAUGCUUCCUUUGGCGAAUCGAUCAAAAUUAUGAGGGACCGUAUCUGGAAGAGUCUACGUGUCGUGGACAUGCUCAUCAGCAACUUGCUGGGGCGUCCACCGUCGACGUCAGAUGUAGACUGCACGGUAAAGUACAGCCUCACGGAGAUGAGAGACGAUAUGACGACCCACAUUCUCGACGCGAGCGUCCAGAUCUUCAUGAUCAUCGAACGCGUUGUGGUCGAAGUCUAUUCGCGCAAGCGCAUCUCACUGCGAAUCGCAAGCUACGUCUCUCAUCAGCUCAAAAGCUGGGCAUCAAAUUGGCUGCGGCCGCUAUCUGAUGCCACUUCCGGGUCGAGCCUCGGUAGCUCAUCGCAAGCAGAUGUUGUUGGGGCUUGUUCCACACUGUGCUCUUACUUCUACGGAAUCAUGCUACUAACGAGACCCUUCCUCAUCUACGAGCUGUAUGAACACAUGGGCGCCUCGUUGAAAGGUGGAGGAACGCAUGUUGAGCAUGAGGAAAAGCGCAAGUACGCUGAAGCCGCUCUAGAUGCUGCUGCGUCAUUUGUAGAGACGCUACAGGCCGUGAUCCGAGCAGGCAGCAUGCCUUAUAGAAUGCCGCUCAUCGUGUCCUGGCUCUUUACUACCUCUCUCGUUUUAGCAGUCGGUGUCUUAGGCCGGUCAGGGCUCGCUUUCGAACAGGACUGUGAAGCAUCGAUCCUCUGUUUGGACUACUUUGGCAAGGUAGACCCACACGCUCGCCAAUACUCACUAAUCCUUCAGUCAUUACUGAAAACUACGACAACACACGUCAAAAAGAGAGAGCAGAAUUUGCGUUCGCAACGGAGGCAAGCGUCUUCACAACUAUUUGGUCUUCUACCGUCCGGCCCGAACGUUCGAGCCCGCGAACAUCGCAGUGGUCGUAACCAUUCCAUCAAUCAUCACCCACCUGUGGCUUCUGCUCCGCAACAAGAUGGCUCAUCUGCCACUGCUCCAUCUGACUGGACCAUCUAUGAUGCAGAUUUCUUUGCACUGCCUUGGCUCAACGAGAACGACCAAGCGCUCCAGGACUUCCUACAACCAGGCACUCAUACCCUUGACGGCGCCUCCAUCGCCGAUAUUCCACUCUUUCCCAUGUACGACCAUCAAACAAGCGGUGGUCUCCUCUGA